AUGAUCGGUAUCAUCAUGAUGUUGAUGAUGAUGAAAUGUUUGGAUCAUGGUACUCAGGGUGGUGGUAGUCAUGAAUCAUCACCAGAGGAAGCAGCAGCAGCUGAGACUAAGAAGAGGCUUUUGGCAUUGUCUAAGGAUAAGAAACAACAACAACAAGAAGAAGAAACAGUGGAUGAAGAUGAUGAUGUUAGGGAGUCUAAACUCAUUGUCAAGAGUCGUUAUGAUGAGGAUAACUAUUCUAAUGGCCAUACUUCAGUAUGGGGUACGUAUUAUGAUAGAGCUACUCAUAAGUGGGGUUAUGCUUGCUGCAAGACAUUCGAUCGUUGUGGUUACUGUCCUAAUGCAAGUGAUAGUAAAAGGAGAGUAGCAGCAGAGGGGGAGACUACUGGUGUGAAGGAAAAGAAGAAAAGAAGAAGAAGAUGA